AUGUUACAAAAUAAUGAUGAACAAAAGAAAUCUAAAUUAGAACAAAUUUCUAUUAUUUCUAAACGAGAUGCAGAUCAAAAACCAUUUCGUCUUUGUGUACCACGAUCUUGUUUUCUUUCUGAAUUAACAUGGAUUGAAGAAGAUAAAACAUUUGAUUUAUUUGUUCAACAUAAAUUACAUGCUGUUGAACCAACAGUUACUUAUGAACCAUCUCAAGUAAUACAAGCAUGA